UGCCGGACGGGCCCCACGGGCCGGCUGUGGGCGCCCCCAUGUCGGCGCCGCUGAAGAAGGGCCCCGGCGGGCUCAUCGGGCUGAUGAAGGACGCGUUCCAGCCGCACCACCACCACCUCGGGCCGCACCAGCCCGGCGCCGUGGACAAGAAGAUGGUGGAGAAGUGCUGGAAGCUCAUGGACAAGGUGGUACGUCUGUGCCAAAACCCCAAGCUGGCCCUGAAGAACAGCCCUCCCUACAUCCUGGACCUGCUGCCUGACACCUACCAGCACCUGCGCACCAUCCUGUCCCGCUACGAGGGCAAGAUGGAGACCCUGGGCGACAACGAGUACUUCAGGGUCUUCAUGGAGAACCUGAUGAAGAAAACCAAGCAGACCAUCAGCCUCUUCAAGGAGGGGAAGGAGAGGAUGUACGAGGAGAACUCCCAGCCUAGGAGGAACCUGACCAAGCUGUCCCUGAUAUUCAGCCACAUGCUGGCAGAACUCAAAGGGAUUUUCCCCAGCGGCCUCUUCCAGGGGGACACGUUCCGGAUCACCAAGGCAGAUGCUGCAGAAUUUUGGAGAAAGGCUUUUGGUGAAAAGACCAUUGUUCCUUGGAAGAGUUUUCGGCAGGCCCUGCAUGAGGUGCAUCCCAUCAGCUCUGGCCUGGAGGCCAUGGCCCUCAAAUCCACCAUUGACCUGACCUGCAAUGAUUACAUCUCAGUGUUUGAGUUUGACAUCUUCACACGCCUCUUCCAGCCCUGGUCAUCUUUGCUGAGGAACUGGAACAGCCUGGCAGUGACUCACCCUGGCUAUAUGGCAUUCCUCACCUAUGACGAGGUGAAGGCCAGACUGCAGAAAUUCAUUCACAAACCUGGCAGUUACAUUUUCCGACUGAGCUGUACCCGCCUGGGUCAGUGGGCCAUCGGCUACGUCACUGCAGAUGGGAACAUUCUCCAGACAAUCCCCCACAACAAACCUCUUUUCCAAGCACUCAUUGAUGGCUUCAGGGAAGGCUUUUAUUUAUUUCCUGAUGGCCGGAAUCAGAAUCCUGACUUGACUGGCUUGUGUGAGCCCACACCUCAGGACCACAUUAAAGUUACACAGGAACAAUAUGAGCUGUACUGUGAGAUGGGCUCCACGUUCCAGCUGUGUAAAAUCUGUGCUGAGAACGACAAGGACGUGAAGAUUGAACCUUGUGGGCACCUGAUGUGCACCUCGUGUCUCACAGCCUGGCAGGAAUCUGAGGGCCAGGGCUGUCCCUUCUGUCGCUGUGAGAUCAAAGGCACCGAGCCCAUCGUGGUGGAUCCCUUUGAUCCCAGAGGAGGAGGAGGAUUGUCCAGGCAAGGGGCAGAAGGAACCCCCUCUCCCAAUUAUGAUGAUGAUGAUGAUGACAAAGCUGAUGAUUCCCUCUUCAUGAUGAAAGAACUCGCUGGUACCAAAGUGGAACGCCCUCCCUCUCCGUUCUCAGUGGCUCCUCAGGCCGCCCUGCCCCCUGUGCCACCCCGGCUGGACCUGCUGCAGCAGAGAGUGGCCAACCCCGCCGGAGCCUCCAGCCCUGGCACCACCUCCAAGGCCGCUCCAGGUGCUCUGCACAAGGACAAACCUCUGCCAAUCCCCCCCACGCUCCGGGACCUGCCCCCGCCGCCACCCCCGGACCGCCCGCACCCGCCGGGCCCCGAGAGCCGCCCGCAGCGCCGGCCCCUGCCCUGCACCCCCGGCGACAGGGACAAGCCACCCCCGCUGCCCUCCAACCGCCAGGGCGAGCCCUGGCCGGGCAGGCCCAUGCCCAAAGCCCCGGCAGAGCCCUGGGCCGGCAGGGAGCUGUCCAACCGGCACUCGCUGCCCUUCUCGCUGCCCUCGCAGCUGGAAUCCAGAGUGCUCGGCAGCACGCUCAGCCUGGACAGCCCCGCGAGCUCCACCGGUGGUCCAGCAGCAACCUCAGAGUGUGAGCACCCCAAAAUCAAACCCUCCUCAUCUGCCAAUGCCAUCUACUCCUUAGCUGCCAGACCACUGCCUGUACCAAAACUGCCUCCUGGGGAGCAGUCUGAGAGCGAUGAGGACACUGAAUACAUGUCACCAUCCUCUCUGCCUGUGGUGCCUCCAGGUCCUGCUGUGCAAAAGCCAGAGCUCAAAAUGCCUUUGGAAAUGACUCAGAGUUUACGAGUUCUGGACUGUGACCAGCAGCCCGAGGGCUCCAUGUAUGAAGCAAUGUACAACAUUCACUCCCAAGCAGCAUCCUCUGCUUUUGAGGCUGUCAACACUUCUGAUGAAGGGAACCUGGCAGCAGCCACUGCCAGCAAUGGCCCUGAGGAGUCAGAGAAUGAAGAGGAUGGCUACGAUGUCCCCAAGGCGCCGCUGCCCGCGGCCAUCGCUCGCCGCACGCUGUCUGAUAUCUCCAAUGCCACUCCUGCCUUCAGCCGAAUGUCCUUGGAAAACGACCCUGUCACAGGUUUCUCAGACGGCUCCCAGGUCCCCGAGCGGCCGCCGAAGCCGCUGCCCCGGCGGAUCAACUCGGAGCGCAAAGCCGGGAGCUGCCAGGCGGGAGGAGCCGGCAGCGGGGCCAGCUCCUCCCUGCACCUCUCCAGCGAGAUCGAGAACCUCAUGAGCCAAGGCUACUCAUAUCAGGACAUUCAGAAAGCUCUGGUCAUUGCACAUAACAAUAUUGAGAUGGCCAAGAAUAUUCUGCGGGAGUUCGUGUCCAUCUCCUCCCCGGCGCACGUGGCCACAUAGCACACGGGCACCUCCACGCCUGAGCUGCUGUGGACCAACUGCCUGGGCAGCUGCUGCCCAGCUGUGCACCAAAGGGGAAGGGGGUUCCUUUAGAGACUUCGUGCUGAGGUCAGUCCUGCCUCUUGAAGAGAAUCAGUUAUCAGGUUUUCGUGGUUCCAGAUUUCAAAGCAGUGCGAUGGAGCGGAGCGGUGUUUUAUACAGUGUAUGUCUUGGAGUCCUUUACCCCUACCUCUUGUCUGAGAGAACAGAUUUAUUUCCAGGGUGUUGCUAGAGAAAGGUAUCGUGACAAGGGAUCCCCGAGCCCGUGCCCUGGAGGCUGGGGGAGUUGUUUUGUGCUGUGAAUUUUAAGUGGAUGCUCAGAGAAACAAAGUCUCGAGGUCGGUGUGGUGUGUCCUGUGGUUCAUGGUACUAGGUUUGGGUCUGUUCGCUGCUGUGUGUCUGCCUCAGGCUUUUUAGAGAAGCUGGGAGGUCACUUUCUGCUGGGAAUUUAUAGGAGACCUUGGAAGGAUCCUUUGAUUGCUUCCUGUUGGCCGUGGUGUGUCCCUCUUGCCUGUAACAAUAGCAGUUGUUGCUUCUGACUCCAGUCCUCCCUUGCUGCCUGGAGAUAGCAGGAUGAAUUUCUGUCAGGGAUUUUGAUCCAGUAGAUUUCUCUCUUGUGUGUGUGCUCUUGCACUGGCAGCACCAGAUUCCAGCAGCUGGAGGAGCUUGGUGUGGUUUUGAGGGGUGGGAGAGGGGGGCAAAGAAUUUGAGCAAGAGGAAAGAACUGGGGCUGCUGCUUCUCCUCUCUUAGCCUUGAGCAUUUUGUGCUUCAGUGCUCAAAUUUGAUUUGUGGCCCUGCUGGGCUGGAGCAGCCGUCACUGGACACUCCCAUUGCUGUUCCCUAGGAAUGUUGCACCUGGUGAAUAGGAUGUUUUAUUUAUCUUCGUUGCAUGGUGGCUGUUGCAGACUAGUGGCCUUCACACACAUUUCUCCAGAGAGCUUUUGCAGGAGCCAUCGUCGUGCCGGGGUGUUUUGUGGAAUUGGUAGAUGCAGCUGAUGUGUUUGUUGGAAUUUCACCUGCUUUGCAGUCCCAGAAGUGCAGCAGUUCUCUGCAUGGCUGUCCAAACAACAUGGGGGCUCUCCUUUCCAUUUCCAUUUCUCUAAAGUAUUGCCGGGUCUGGUGUUAAAGCAGACCUGGGGAAAAAAUUCUGUAUUUGUGAAGUGAUCACAUGGUUUUAAAGGUCAGAACUCAGCUGUUGCAUUGGAAAAACCUGACUUGCCUACUCAGCUACUUAACUCUGUUCUUAUUAGAGGAGUGGAUGGUUCCUUUGGAGAAGAUUUAGAUCCAGGAGGCACGGACAGAUCACAGCCUGUCAGCCUGAGAGGCUCUUGGCCUUUGGAGCAUGUCCAGCAUUAUUUGCACCUCCCUGAGGUCAGCAGGGGUCACUGGGCUAAGGGCUGCAGUGGAAUAUUGCUGGAGUGAUUCUGGCACUGGGGUGCAGUGUGGCCUUUUGAGGAAUCCAGGGGCUGGGCCAGAUGGCUGCAGUGGCAGGGAGGCCUUCAGGAGUGGUGUUAGCAGAGCAGAAAGUGGAUUUUGAUUCAAGCUGAGGUUUCUCUCUAGACCUAAAGCUUUCUGAAUUGCUGCAGGGGCCUCCAGGCAGGCUGAGGUGUCUCUCUUUACUCCUCUCCUCUCUGUAGCGGAGAAAACACUCAGACAGCGUGGGGAGAUCUCCUUCCAUGCUCCCUGUCCCCACCCUGGCUGGUUUGGGCUCAGGGCUGGCACGUGCUAGGUCUGGCAUGGGCAGGGUGCCCUGCAGGGCACGGGGCUCGGGCACAGCCCUGGGCUCAGUGCCUGGGGGAGGAAGGAGGGGAGGAAGAGCUGCUCUUCCUGCUGUGCCCCCAGCGCAGCUGCCAGGGCUGCCAGCCCUGCUCCCUGUGGGAUGUGUGUGCCUCUGCAGGGGCAAGGCCAGCCCU